CAUAAAGGCAUGAAAGGUGUUUUCUGGCCCGAAUCCUUGGCACAUCUUGAAUGCAGAGAGGAUUUUUUAUACCCCGCCGCCAGAGCUCCGUAUAGACGAGAGACCUUGUGGGAGCCAUCUGCAAUCUGUCACCAUCGUCACAGCACUUCUCUGAUAAUCUAAAUUUACAGUAAACUGUCAGCAUGAUGUAUAUUGGUUAAAUAGACCUUCACCUCGCAGUAUAUGCACUGAAAGGGAACACCGUGAUCUGGCUGUUAGAUUAUUUAGUCCUAAAAUAAAAUCUCCAACACAGAGCUGUAACCGUUUUUAUUCACAUUAAGAGCAAAAUGGGUGUUUAAAUUUUGUGGAAAAUUACUUUGAUAGUGUAACAUAGUUUCCAAAUGCUGCCUUUUACUCCAAUGGUCAAUUGGAUGAUUAUUAUCCUAUUAUAUUUUGCUGCAUUGUUGGAGAGUUUUCCAGAUGCUUUAUUGCACUCAGACAUACAACCGCACCUUGCAGGCCUGUGCACCAGAUAACGGAGGUAUUACCUGGACUGUUAUCUAAAAUACUUCUCUGCAGCACUGAAUCGGAUUCUUGAAUCAUGAUAAUAUGUUUAAUGAAGUUAUUCACAGCUGAGACAUUAAAGAAAAAAAGUAGCAACAAGUAGAAUGACCUGCAAAAAUGGAGUAAGUGGAUAAUAGCCGAGCUGAUCUGGCCCAUAUUUAUACAGCACCUAUAUAUAAUAGAAUGGCAGCAGACUGUAAAUUUAGAUAUGAUGUGAAGUCGUCUUACCGCUGACAUUAUGUUGACAUAUUGCCUCUCAGGUGGUCUCUCGGCCAUACGGAUACAGUGGAUAUAUGGCGGAAAGCACAUCAGCUGCCAUUUACAAUGAGUUAGGUGCGAGAAAGCCUGUAAGAUACACAAGAUAGCAGCAGCUCUGCCUUACAGCAACAGUGUGCUCACAUGAAAAAACAUAGCAGGGUUUUGAAGAGCAAAAAGUGAGGCCUGCCUUUGGUUGCUGUGGGAAAAAAGUCACCUGUUUUAAGUCGACUGCAUCCGAAAAUGGAGCUCAGAAAAAAAAUCUCAUAUCAAAUGUAUAAGGCCAUGUGCAGCAGAUCUCUGUAGCUGCACUGUCCCCUAUUCCACAUAUUCUAAAUCACACCUCGGCGUGUGAUUUUCUCGAUAGUUUGAAGUCUUUUGCACAUUUUUAAAAUCCUUCGGGGACCAUGCUGGGUGCUGACCCACGCUAAGUGCUCCCCCAACUCCCCAGAGCUGAACAGACCCCUGCAAAACUGAAGUCCAAGUCCGGGGUGAACCCCAGGUCACUGCGUCUAACAGAUAUGAAAAUGUCGCCUCUUUGGAAAGAGGGGGCACGCCUUGUUGUUUAACAAAGACUGUCAAUGGGCAAGAUUAAUCAGAAACAAAAUGGAAACGGUGUCACUUUGGGGUCAGGCAGAAGUUAUCUCUGUUUAGAAGGAGCGAAUAGAAUAGGAGGGGACCAGAAAAAAAGAGAGGAAAAAAAGCAUUGAAAAGAAAGCUUUCAAUAUUUCCGAAGUUUGGCCUCUUGUUUCUCUGUGCAGAGGCCUUGUUGACGUGGACAGUGUGGAUGAGCUUUGUGAAGAGCUGCUGCAUCUUCAUGGGACACAGAUACAGUGUGGCACCUCGGACAUGGAGAGGAAACAGGACCUGGACGUGAUGGCUGAUGCCGGGGAGCACGAGGAGGAGGAUUUUUCCACAUGCAGACAAGCCUCACCCACAUAAGUUUGGCCCCAUGCAGUAAACAACUUAGAAAUCCAGCCAAGUAAAUUCAGGCCAUCGCACGGUCUCCGAGACACCUUGAACUGCCUUCGGUUCACCCGAGGAGGCCAUUGGCGGAGAGGCGUCACGUGACCACGGGGUGCCAAUGUUAUUCUACAAGGGUGUCAAGACCCUGUCAGUUUCUGAAAUAAAUAUUGGGAAACGGCGAGAUGCAAAAGGCAACCUACUACGACAGCUCCGCAAUUUACAGUGGCUACCCAUAUCAAAGCGCAAAUGGCUUCAGUUAUGAUGCCAAUCAGGUCCAAUAUCCCCGGGCCUCUCAUGUGGAAAGUGAGUACCAUCGACCUGCCUGCUCCCUGCAGUCUCCUGACGGCUCCGUGGCUCUGCAGAAGCCGGGGGAGAUGGCGGAGAGCUGCGACAGGACCACAGCCAUUCAGGCGGCGCAGUCCAAGGUUCAUCCCGAAAGCAAUCAACCGCAGGUGCCAGUGUCAGGCCCACCCCCUCCCUCACAAUCCCCCGGUGCUAUCAGCCAAAACACAAGCAACGGGUCCAACCAGCCCAGUGCCAAGAACGGCUCGCCGACCUCUGCAACUCGCAAACACAUCUUCCCCUGGAUGAAGGAAUCACGUCAGAACACCAAGCAGAAACCCACCAGUAGCUCCAGUUCAGUGGAGAGUUGCCCCGGAGACAAGAGUCCUCCGGGGUCAGCAGCAUCGAAGAGGGCCCGGACAGCCUACACCAGCGCCCAGCUAGUGGAGCUAGAGAAGGAGUUCCACUUUAACCGGUACCUCUGCAGACCCCGGAGGGUGGAGAUGGCCAACCUGCUCAACCUCACCGAGAGACAGAUCAAAAUCUGGUUCCAGAACCGCAGGAUGAAAUACAAGAAGGAUCAGAAAGGUGUUGGAAUGAUGCCCUCCCCUGGCGGACAGUCCCCUCGGAGUCCCGUGGGCCCGGCCUCCGGUGGUGGUGGCGGUGGUGGAGGCUACCUCAACUCUAUGCAUUCUCUUGUAAACAGUGUACCUUAUGAAUCCCAGUCGCCGACGUCUUACAAUAAACCUCAUCAAAAUGCAUACGGCAUGGCCACGUCAUAUCCCCCUCCUUUGAACAGCUCCCUCAACAACUGCCCGCCCUCCCAGAAGAGGUAUCCCGGGACCGACUCGGCCACGCCCGAGUAUGACGCGCAUCCUCUCCAAGGCAAUGGCAACUACGGGACUCACAUGCAGGGCAGCCCCGUUUAUGUCGGCGGAGGUUACAUCGACUCAAUGCCCAGUUCUGGGACCUCAGUUUUCGGUCUGACCCACCUCCCGCACCCGCCGUCCGCAAACAUGGACUACAAUGGAGCAAUCACAAUGGGCAACAGUCAGCAUCACGGAGUGUGUGAUCCGACACCGACGUACACAGACCUAACGCCGCACUACUCUCAGGGAAGAAUCCAGGAAGCGCCCAAGCUGACGCAUCUGUAGCGGUGGCGCUCCCCGGAUCACUCCGCCCAUUGUGUUAUCCACCUCCAGACACAUUACUGCUUUGUUUCCGCGCCUCCUCACGGCUUCCACCUUCUCUCUGCCUUUGUUUAUGUUUUCUAUAGUUUGAUGUGUGAAGUAGCGUAGGAUAAAUAAUCACAACUUGCUUGAAUUUUUCUCUAUUUGCUCGUGUCAUUGUCUCACAAAGACCUUUAUCUGGGCUGUAGGACGUCUAGAGUGGGAGGGAGGGGGGCACAGUAUAUGCAUAGGCCUAUUUAAUCUUUUUUUUUUUAAUCUUGUUUUAAAAUCGAAACUCAAACAGGGUAUUAUGAACAUAUGUUAUUCAUUUUUAAUGUGAAUUUGUCCGUCUUUUAUUUAUCCGCAGUUGAAGAAUUGUGUUUUGCAUUUUGUUGCACUUGUGAAAGGAUCCUUCAAGAGCCACGAGUUGGGAUUAUGAGGGAAAUACAUUUUCAGAAACAAGGGUCAUGCGCUUACACGCAACCUCCCUUGCUUUGUGUUGUUCUAUUGGACUUUCAAAUGUUAUUUAUUUUGUUCGGUGUUAAGAUAAAAGAGUCCUUUAGUAUUAUUUGACACCUCUGCGAUCUUUGUGUGGGGGACAAGGUUGGUGGAAAAUUAGCGUCUCGGCCCUUUUCCAGCCCAUACAUGUAGUCUGCACAAGCUCCUCAGCAGCAGCAGCAGCACACCAUGUUGCUAUUAUAGGCUAUGUUUCCAUUUUUCUUCUUCUUCUUAUUCUUCGAGGAGGUGUUUUAUUUUCUCAGCGAAUGUAAAAUCAAUCAGUCAUG